AAUGUGAACUCUUAUUUUUAUGUAACAAAUAGAUAAAUCUUUGGGAACUUAUCUUUUAUUUAAUUUGCAAUUGACUAGUUCUUGUCAUAGAUCAGAAGGGGAAGUUAUUGUGAAUAGAAGAUGAACAGCUCUUCUGCAGGACCCUCCUCAAAACCUAGAGCUGGGUCAUCUCAACCAUCAGAUUCUUCUUUUAAACGCAAGAGAGGAGUCUUUCAAAAAGACUUACAACAUAUGAUGUAUGGUUUUGGAGAUGAUGCCAAUCCACUUCCAGAAACUGUGGCACUGUUGGAGGACAUUGUUGUGGAGUAUGUUACGGAUUUGGUGCAUAAGGCCCAGGAGACUGCAUCAAAGAGGGGAAAGCUCUUAACUGAGGACUUCUUAUUUUUAAUGAGAAAGGACUUGCCAAAACUCAAUCGAUGUACAGAGCUGUUGUCUAUGAAUGAGGAGUUGAAACAAGCUAGGAAGGCUUUCGACGUAGAUGAAGAGAAGUUGGCAACAAUGGAGUAGAAUCGGAGAAGAUUAAGAACAGACAUUUUAUUUUGGCCUUGAAAUCCUGUGGUUUGAUGUCUGAGACAUACAUAUUCCAAACCAGUGGCUGUAAAAUUCCUUUUAAUAUUGUAAAAGCCAUUUUUAAAGAGAGACCCGCGCCUAUCUGAAAAGAAUUAAGAUUUGCAUGAACUUCCUCAAAUCCAGCAGGAAUAAAAUAAGGUGUAACUACCACUGGA